AUGUCCACUUCGUGCAGUACUUCGCAAUCCACGUCGACUGUGAGCCCUCCGUGGACGCCCUCCGCGUCUGCCUCGCUCGUGACUUCCUCCACUAGUCCGUCUUAUUCGGUGUUGACGACAUCCACACCAACCAGCCUUCCCAGAUCAUCUACUACUUCAACUUCAGUCUCCUCUGCGGACCAAGGGUCGACUGCCACUGUACUGACUUACACCACCACCACGAUCUGUCCGAUGACUUCCACCAUUACCUCGGAUUCAAGCACGAUCACUUCAACCUACAGCACACUCUCCACUAUCACCGUUACCUCAACCGUUGGGGUUCCCAUCACCCUGCAAACCAGUAGUAACCCUACCGCUCCUCCCUCUGAGACUACGCCUGCUCCUGAGUCUAUCGUCACCUCAGUUUUCCAGGAAACUACGCCUGUUUCUGAGCAUAUCGUCACCUCGGUGCACCAGGAAACUGAGCCUGUUCCUGAGACUAUCGUCACCUCGGUGCACCAGGAAACUACGCCUGUUCCUGAGCCUACCGUCACCUCGGUGCACCAGGAAACUACGCCUGCUCCUGAGCCAAUUGUCACCCCGGUGCCGCAGGAAUCUACGACUACUGUUGUGACAUACGAGACGCUUACUACAAGCACUGUCACUGCCACUAUUACCUCAGACUUAACCACAGUCACGUCAACAUACAGCACUGUCUCCAAGGCUACCACGACUUCAACUUUGACCAUUUGCAAUCGGUGCGGAUCUUCGGCCCCUACCGUCGCCGUUUCACAACCUGGAGCCGUCAUCUCGUCUGAUAGACCUUUUACUGAUAUACUCGUGGUUGGAAGCUCGUCCACUUUCACUCAGGUGUUUUGGACUGGAACUCCACCUGUAGCAUCGACCAUGACGAGCACAAGCCAGCCCAGCCCCACCAUUGAGGUACCAGUUAACCCUCCAGCAGGUCACACUAAUAUGGCUUCAUCUGUGAGCAUCUCCGUUAACCUCUGGCCAAUCUUGAUCGCACCUCUGUUUUCCCUCAUGCUAUAA